CCUCGCGAUUAACCGCCGCUUUGUCUCCGUGGUAAUGGGUUGCUGAGCCCCGCGUUGGGGCUGCCUUAGCUCCCGGUUCUUCAGGAGUUGUUGAAGGAUGGGGACCUGGGGGCCCCUCGAAGGGGCCCCCUCACACUUUGUCAGUGGAGUUUUAUUUUUUUAAUUCAUAUUUUAUUUUGUUUAAAGGAGAGAAAGACAUCCCCUUCUGGAGACGGUGGGGAAGCUCAUAAAAGACUAACUUUCUAAAAAGUAAAUAGUUCCAGGUUUGCCUGAUUCCACCCUGUCCGGACUUCCUUUUCCUGCUUGUGGGGGACCCAGAUCACUUGCUUUCCCAUAACUCUUUGGACAGAAACCCCUUUGGGGUCCUUGUAAUUGGGAGUUAGGAAUCAGAGAGAAAUUGCUGGAACCCUCACACCUAUGGCCGCUGACUUAGAAGACUGUGGAUAAACUCUUCUUUGGAGGGUGCAAGCUCAGCCCGAAGAAUCUCAAAGAUGACCAGGGUACCAGCCAACAAGAAGACGCAGAAUUCUGCCAACUUGGGGGCCCUCUGGCCCUUUUAUGCCUCAGAUAAUCUAACACAGAUGACAGACGCACCAUUGAAGAGCAUCAAGUAUAUGGACCAGAAAAUAGUAAACCUGAGAAAAGACCUUAUACGAAGCCGCCUCUUGAUUCAGUCGGUGAAGAUAGGCCGUGGGUACUUUACCAUUCUGAGGGAGGAAAGCGCGAUGAAAAAGAGGCAACAGCAACUUCAGAAACUGAAAGAGGAAGAGAGAAAUAAAUUCCAACCAGCCAAAAGGUCCUCGGAAAUCCACUAUGGUGAUACUUUCAUGAUCAGAUACGAUGAUAAGACUAAGAAGAUGGAAGGAGGCGCAGCGGUGGCCCUUCGCCCCUUCACUCCCAUCCACAGCUGCAUCAUCUCGUCCACUCUGCCUGCAGCCCACGUCGAACCCCUCUUCCGCCAGCUCUGUGCCCUCCACUGGCUCCUGGAGGCCCUGACCAUCGACCACAGUCACCACACCAUGAAACCCGUGAUCACCUGCUGGAACCUCAAGGACCCAGGUGGAAGCAAAAGCACGAUAAAAAAAAUCAAUAAGGACAAGUCCAUGGGACAGAAGUGGGAGCACUUCAUCACCACGCCGAAGACCAAGAAAUUAAAAGUUCCCGCACUCCGCGCCACCAGCCGCAAGCCAAGCCGGUGGGGCUCCACGCUCAGCCUGUCCCGGACCAGCGGGGGCUCGUCCCCGCAGAGCAGCAUGGUGUCCGUGAACCCCGGCUCCGACGAGCCUCAGAGUGUGGCCACCCAGGUGACGGGCAGCAAGGACAUCGAGGACAACACGUCGUCUUCAACCAAACAGGACGAGGAGCCUCUCCACAUCAAUCUGCAGAAGCUCCUGGAGAUGGUGCGGGAAGAUGCCCGGAGGACAAUCAUGAUGGAAAAUGGGAUGCAAAGGCAAGCACCCAGUAUCUUGACGGUGAUCAAAAACCACAAGAGCAAUUCUGCCUUUAAGGACCCGCAGCCCACCCACAAAUCAAGUGACAGAUCCAGCAGCACAUCUGGGGAGAGCCACACCCAGAUAGUACAGAAGAAGUCCAAGAGCCGCCCCACACGCGACUUCAUCCACUGCAAGUCUGGUGUUUGCAACAGCAUGAGGGCCAAGUUUUACAGCGUGGCCCAGGAGGCCGGCUUCUGUCUGCAGGACAAGAUGGAAAUCCUCAUGAAGCGCCAAGAAGAAAGAGGUCUCCAGAAGUUCCAUUCUUUUGUCCUGGUCUCGAAUUUUCAAAAGGAUAUCGCAAAAAUGAGACAUCAGGUCUCCAUGGUAAAAGGAGAUGCUGAAGAAAUUGCAGACCACUGGUACUUUGAUCUGCUGUCCAAACUCCCUGAGGAUCUGAAGAGCUUUCGCCCUGCCAAAAAGAUCCUGGUGAAGCUGCAGAAGUUUGGGGAGAACCUGGACCUGAGGAUCCGGCCGCACGUCCUCCUGAAGGUGCUACAGGACCUGAGGAUCUGGGAACUUUGCUCCCCGGACAUCGCCGUGGCCAUAGAGUUUGUGAGAGAGCACAUCAUCCACAUGCCUCAAGAGGAUUACCUCAACUGGCUACAGAACCGGAUCAACAUCCCCAUCCGGCCCCAGAGCGCCCCCAUGUAGUCUGGCCCGGGUUGACCAGCUGUCUGUCCCAGUGGAGGAGGCUGUUCAUCAUGAUUCAGUGAGGUCAUCUGGAGACUGACUUCCCACCUCCUGCCUUCCACCAGCUCCCUUUUCCUCCUGAGAGACAAACCAGCUUUUGACAGCAUUCUAGAGGGAGAUAAUCCCAGGUGGCCUUCCUUUCAACUCCACAUUCCAACCCCAACCUCCCCAUCUCUGACCCUUGGUGGUUUAGCCUUACUCUUCCUCUUUCCUCUUCAGAUUUCUUCACCCUAUUCCUCUUCCUCAGAAUUGUGGAUAAUAAAAUUGAGUUGCAUAUUUGCAGUUUGGCUGGGAAUGAGUUGGAGCUGUGAAAUUUGGGUGUACGGAUUAGUGGUAACAACAGCUACCAUUUUUUGAGAAUUGCUUAUGCAACAGGCCCAGUGCUGGGUGCUUUGCCUGCAUAAUCUCAUUUAAAUCUAACCAUAACUUGGUUAAAUAGAUACUGAUGUUAUCCCCAUUUCACACCAUUGGAGUUAGAGUGUGUUUCUCUACAUUGGUUGGAUGGUUGGGUGAGUGGAUUCAUUGUUGGAGGGAAGGAAGAUGAAUGGAGGAUGAAUGGACGGAUGGAUGGGUGGAUGGAUGGAUGAUGAAUUCCCCAACAAAGUACAAGAAAAUCUUAACCUUAAGAGUCUCAUAUGUUUUCUGUUGGUCUUGGUUGCAUGAGAAAGCUUAUCUUCCUGCCAUCUCAAAAUGCAUGUGGGCUCAUUGCCUCUUAACUUCUUUUCUCAACCUGGUCUUGUGCUCACUUAACAUUUUCACUAAGUUACAGAAAUUGCAAGCGUUUCAGCUCUCACUGAUGGCCAAGCUGAAUCAAUAACUGAACGACUGGACUGGAUUUGCUGUCAUGCUCACAUUAUCAGAACUCUCAUGUAGGCUGGGCCUCUGACAUCUCUCCACGACAACCUAAAAGGGGAAAAGGUUUGAAUUGGAACUAUUGUUCAGUCUCAGCGACACCAUAACCCUCCAUUCAUCCCUUCAGUCAUUCACUCAUUCAUUCAAUGAAUAUUUCUUAAGAGUCCAAUAUGUACCAACAGCAAUCAACAAAGCAUACAAGGUACCUGCCCUCAUGGAAUUUACAUGGAUACAGACACGUCAACAAGAUGUGAUGAGGAGGGCAAAAGGAUUUCAGAACAUCACACGAAUCUCUAUGUGGAUGCCCUUUAGCAUGAUACCCUGACAAGCUCUUUAGGGUGUAAAGGUGAUGAAACGGAGGCUCCAAAAGGUGUUCUGAACUCACAUCCAGCUGACUCUGAAUCUCGCUGCCCACUAACCCUCUGCCCUCACCGCCUUAUCUUGAGACAAGGAGUUCACAAAAGGCCCUGAGUCUCACUCUACGUGGCUGACGUCAAAUGUCCUUCUGCUCUGUUGAGGGGCCUGGAGGUAACCGGGGAAGCCAUAUACAGGUAAUUUAGGGUAAGAAUUUAA